UCAACGCGGAAUGGCAGUGCCGGGGCUGCGCGUCCAUCUUUAUCGCCCGUCCGGAGCUGUCACAAAGGAGUCACCGCGCCACAGACCGUGCCUCCGUCCCACUGGAGACCACGAAAAGUAGACUGAAUUCCUACAGUCAGCUUGUGAUUAUGUAUCUGUCAUCAUCCCAGAUGAUGAUGGUAAUGAUUUGGGAAACAGUACUACAGCCCUGAAGCAUUUGGGGAUUGCAAUAGUGGAUGCUGGAGAGACCAGUCAGAAACAUCCUUCAACCUACUAUACAGUGGUCAUGUAAAGAACUUCUAAAGUUAAAGAACCAGGAAGAAUGAUUUUAAAUAAAUACUCCGUUGGCAUAUUGGCUUAAUUUACUGAUGAAGUGCAGAUCUGUCAGAAAAUCUUGGAUUUUUUGCCUUUAUAACUGAUGUAUCCCAUCAUUGUCCUCUUGUCUACGAGCCAGCCAGCUGACCUGAUCUGUGGGAAAAGCCAGAAAGACCUGCUUUUGGAUGAUCAGGGUUUAUUUUAGGUGAUAAUGUUGGAUACCAAAUCUACAACUUCCUUUGGAUUCCAAUUGUUGAUAACAAAUAUGAUGCAGAUACCUCAAUUCAAGAUUAUGAAAACAGUACUUGGAAAACUUUCUCAAUGAUUGUCUUUGCUUGGGUUGUGUUUUAUGCUAGCAGAAGCCUUGUACAAGGUUUGCUGCUGACUUUAGAGCAGCAUAUAUCAAGUUUUCUGGGAACUUUGGGAGCCACCAACAUGGGCAACUCUUGUAUUUGUCGAGAUGAUAGUGGCACAGAAGAUAAUGCAGAGUCCCAGCAUCAGCAGACUGAGAACAGUAUAAUACCAGCAGCUGAAAACAGAAGCCAUCCAAGGGACCCUGUGAGACCACCUAGGAGAGGCCGAGGACCACACGAGCCAAGAAGAAAGAAACAAAAUGUAGAUGGCUUGGUGUUGGACACACUAGCAGUAAUUCGGACGCUUGUAGAUAAUGACCAGGAACCUCCUUACUCAAUGAUCACAUUGCACGAAAUGGCAGAAACAGAUGAAGGAUGGUUGGAAGUUGUCCAGUCUUUAAUUAGAGUUAUUCCAUUGGAAGAUCCAUUGGGACCAGCUGUUAUAACGUUAUUACUAGACGAGUGUCCAUUGCCAACUAAAGAUGCACUGCAGAAGUUGACUGAAAUUCUAAAUUUAAAUGGAGCUGUUGCUUGCCAGGAUGCUAGUCAUCCUGCCAAACACCGUAACACAACAGCAGUACUGGGCUGCUUGGCUGAGAAACUAGCAGGUCCUGCAAGCAUAAGCUUACUUAGCCCGGGGAUAUUAGAAUAUUUGUUACAGAGUCUGAAUUUCCAGUCCCAUCCUACAGUCAUGCUUUUUGCACUGAUCGCACUGGAAAAGUUUGCACAGACCAGUGAAAAUAAGAUGACUAUCUCCAAAUCCUGUAUUAGUGACCGUCUUGUCAUGUUGGAGAGAUGGACAGAAAAUUCUGACUAUCUGAAACGUCAAGUUGGUUUCUGUACCCAGUGGAGUUUAGACAAUCUCUUUUUGAAAGAAGGCAGGCAGUUUACUUAUGAGAAAGUGGACCUAACCAACAUUAGGGCCAUGCUGAAUAGCAAUGAUGUUAGUGAGUACCUGAAGAUCUCACCCCAUGGAUUGGAGGCUCGAUGUGAUGCCUCCUCCUUUGAAAGUGUGCGUUGCACAUUCUGUGUUGACUCUGGGGUAUGGUACUAUGAAGUCACAGUUAUCACUUCUGGAGUCAUGCAGAUAGGCUGGGCCACCAAAGACAGCAAAUUUCUCAAUCAUGAAGGCUAUGGUAUUGGAGACGAUGAGUAUUCUUGUGCAUAUGAUGGCUGCCGGCAGCUGAUCUGGUAUAAUGCCAGAAGUAAACCACAUUCACACCCCUGUUGGAAAGAAGGAGAUACAAUAGGAUUUCUUCUAGACUUGCAAGAAAAACAAAUGAUCUUCUGCUUAAAUGGCAACCAGCUUCCUGCUGAGAAGCAAGUCUUUACAUCUGCUGUAUCAGGUUUCUUUGCUGCAGCAAGUUUCAUGUCCUAUCAACAAUGUGAGUUCAACUUCGGAGCAAAACCAUUCAAAUACCCCCCUCCUAUCAAAUUUAGCACUUUCAAUGACUAUGCCUUCUUGUCAGCAGAAGAAAAAAUCAUUUUGCCAAGGCACAGGCGUCUUGCUUUGUUGAAGCAAGUUAGUAUCAGAGAAAACUGCUGUUCACUUUGUUGUGAUGAAGUAGCAGACACAGAACUCAAGCCAUGUGGACACAGUGACCUGUGCAUGGAUUGUGCCUUGCAACUGGAGACUUGCCCAUUGUGUCGACAAGAAAUAGUGUCUAGGGUCAGACAGAUUUCUCACAUUUCAUGACACAUGUGGAGAAGCAACAUGGACUUAUUUUUAAUCAAUUCCAGCCAAUGUCUGAAAAGGAAAAACAUCUCUAACCAGUUGUGCGCACAUUGAAACUGUAGCCAUGGCCAGAUUUUAUGCUAAGCAGUAGUUUGUCUAAGACAAAAUCCUUUAGAACCUAACCCAGGAUGCCAGCACUGGGAAAUUUGUUUUACGAACAAGGAGAGCUGAACGCUAUGGCUGAGUCUUGGGUCCCUCUGAGAAAGACACCAGGAGACACUGCCCGUGUGAGUGCCGAAAUUGAAUUUGCACUGGAAUCCUACAUGUUCAGUACAUUCAGUUGUUUAAAACAGGAUGUUUUGUCUCAUACUCGAAAGUCUUUAUUUUUGGCCGAAACCAUUAUGGAAAAGUAGUCUGCCAGUGUAUCUUGGUUAAGUGUAACUUCCUGCUGGUCAGAGACUUUGUUAUCAUUGAACUGCCAAGACUUGAAUCCCUAAAACUAAAAAUAAACAUGUCUUACUACAAGCUACAUGAAGGACCCGAAAGAAGGUGCAUAGACUGUAAAAAAAAAAAAUCCAAAUUUUUGA